AUGGAGUCGAUCAAGUGCGGAAGUCCUCCCGAAGUGAGCGUUCACCUUUGCCCCGCAGGCUGCCCCCAGACCUCCCUCGCUCGAGGUUCUCUGCACGGGACGACCGUGCGCAGAGAGGCACCAGGGGAUGUUUGGGGAAGGAAUCUAGAGGGCAUCGGAGAAGGGACCGGAGUAGGCACGGGAGAUCUCGCUCGAGAGCUCCAGGAGAUUUCGUUGAAAGACGUGAACAAAGGGUUUCCCCCUCUCCCCCCAGACCUUUCAAAGCAAGACAAAAGGAGGGAGUCCAACAAGACAUCCAGAAAGACGGGCAACAACACCUUCGAGGGGACACCCUUGGACAGCAAGCUUACAGUGCGGAGGAUCUUGCGAAACCGCCGCAAGAAGAAGAAAAAAGGUUCCAAGAAGAAACGGAAGAGCAAGAGAAGCAACAGCAGCAGUCACAGCAGCAGAAGCAACUUGGACAGCUCGGGCUCCAGCAGCAGCGGGGGCACCCUGGACUCCGAGGAUUCAGGCCACCCCUUCCGAGAGGGACAUCGGGUGAAGAGGCUAGCAAAGACCAUACCAGGCAUUUUGACCAGGCACGCUUUAGACGAGAUGGGGCGCCUUCUGGUUCAGCAUGUUGGAGAGGAGAGCGAGAGCGCAGUGCGUCCGAUUCUUCUUCGCUAUCUUCGUCUGCAUGUGAUGCUGAAGAACCCCGCUCCGUCCCAGAAGAGAGAGCUUCUGACUUUGGGGUAUGCCCUCGAUCGACUAGUCCAGCGAGACCUUUUGGGAGCGAUGGAUUUGAUGGUACAGAGACUGAAGGCUAUCGAAAUGGUAUUAGCAGGAUCGACGUGGGCAGUUGCGCAAAACUUGGAGCUGGUACCUCUGGAGCAAGAGAUGAUAACAAGUCUAGCGGAGGCCAAGGGAGCCGCGAAGGAGUUUCGGCACGAUACAAAGGUGCAGCGAGAGAUGGGGAAAGGAGCAGGAAAGAGGGGAUGGCAGGAGGAAGGAAAAGGAAAGAAGGGGGAUGGCAAGAAGGGGGACGGAAAGAAUCAGAAAGGCAAGUCGGGCGAAGCCCCGGCAUUCGCUUCCAGGCCGCUGGGAGUAAUUGAUGCAAGUGAGGGUCCUUAUUUGGAUGAUUGGUAUCUGGAUGUUUUGGGCUUGUUGCUGGGCAGUGAAAUAUUUGGUUUUGGUGAUUGUGUGAAAAGGUUCUGCAACUGGGGAGAAGCGACUAUGGCAGAGGGAAAGAGUGAGAGAGCCAGCGUUUUCCCUUUGCCCCUGCCCAGCGUUCAAAAGUUGAGAGACUCGGUGAAAAAGAGAGACGCACGAAGUGUUUGGUUUUUCCUGGUGAUUGUUGGCCUGAACUACCUGAACGGUGGGAUGCAUUGCCCUAUGCAGAGCUUCACCGCCACGCCAUUGCAGAGCGAGAUUUUGGACUACCUCUCGGCACGAGUUGAUUGUUUCCUUGAUCAUCCUUUUGUUUUGGAGAAGUUUGACUGGAGCGUGUUCUUGCAGAGUCGCAGCUUGAGCUAUGCCAAUGAAGAAGUCCGCACUGCAAAAUGGACCACAUGGGCUAAUGUGAAACCAGCACUGCCUCAAGGGUCUAUCGCGUCCAUUGCCGCAGUAGACUUAGCUGAGGAUGGGGUUCUGGAUCUAUUGCUCUCACCUUCGAAAUAUUUGGUUCCAAAUUGGGGAGAUAGUCCCGUGAAGUCUUCGAGGGUUAUGGUAUUGGAUCAAGAUUGGGACACUUUGGCCAGAGGACUGGUUAACUACAAUCUCUGCGCGAUACUACCCGAGUCAGCGCUUUGCCAUCCUGGCGGAGAACCUCUGCUCAACGGGAUGUUUGGAGUCGAAAAGGGAGAAGUUUGUGAAGGUAUCGCCAUUCACAGGCUGAUCAUGAACCUCAUCCCGCUGAACUCUAUCAGUGUGCCGGUUUCAGGUGAUGUCGGGACACUUCCCCUCCUUCACCAGAUGAGUUCACUACAGCUUCAUCCUUCAGAAGAGUUGGUGAUUUCAUCAGAGGAUAUCAGAUGUUUCUUCUACCUCUUCCGACUUCCAUGCGCAUGGUACCCUUUCCUCGGUUUCGGCAAACCGGUGCCCCCGGAUCUUGUUCCCCCAGGCACAAAUGAAAAGUGUUACCUGGCCGCGAAAGUCGUUCCGAUGGGGUACUUGAAUUCCGUUGGGAUAGCCCAGCAUUUGCACAGAAACUUUCUGAAGAAGGCUCAGGGGCCCAUAAAACAGCUGGGUCCUUUCAAUGAAGUUCGAAAGGAUCGCACCUUCCCGUUGAGCAACCCGGUUUGGCGUGUGUAUUUGGACAACUUGGAUGUGCUUCAAAAGACCUCGCCUGACAUGGCCAUGUUGCUUGAGGGCAAGCCCUCUUCGGAGGUAUCUCCUUUGAUCGCUGCUUACGAGGCCAGCGGGAUCCCGUUGAACCCCAAAAAAUCGGCCCAACAAGAGAGAGAGGCGGAGGUGCAAGGUGCUGAUGUACAAGGCUCUGCCGGUUGGUGCCGCCCCAAAAAGGACAAGCUUCAGAAGUACGUGAGUGCCACGCUCUCCUUACUUAGGAGGGCCCGGUGCUCACAGAAGGAGCUUCAGAUUGUGGGAGGCGGUUUGGUGUAUUUCGCCAUGUUUAGGCGUCCACUCAUGUCGUGCUUGAACUUCACUUGGUCGUUCAUUCAGUCCUUCGAAGAACCUGGAGCGCGAGUUCGUCCGAUUCCUGGAGCUGUCAUGUCGGAGUUGAGCAUGUUCAUCUGCUUGCUACCGUUGGCCCACAUAGAUUUUCGGUUGAACACUUCGGAUGUGGUCACCGCGAGUGAUGCUUCGCUUACGGGCGGUGGUGUUUGCGCUUCUAAGUCUGAGACUGCUUUGGGCCGCCAGGUGGGACAAGGCUAUUUCCGAGGAGAAACGAUUCUUGAGCGCCCUGAUGGAGGAAUCGUUUUCAUUGGAGUGCGUGAUGGUAUCUCGUCGGUCAGGGUCGCCUUGGAAGCUCUUCAGGCCAACGUAUGCCUGCACAUAUCCAUUGAAGCAGAAGCUACAGCACGCAGGAUCGUGGAAACAAAUUUUUCCGAUGUUGUUUUCAUUGAUCAUCUUCAGGAUGCCACUCCAGAGAUGCUUCUAAAGUGGGCAGGUUUGGCUUCAAUGGCCAAGUUGGUGAUCGUGGGUGUUGGGUCACAGGAGUGCGGGGCAGAUGAGAAGGGUACAAGCUCAAAAGGAGCCCAAAGUCGAUCACAAAAUGCCCUCAAUCUCGAAAUGAAGUCUUGGCUUGAGCUUGUGAAGCGUGUUUUCAGUUGGUGUCCAGUUCAUUGCCUUCGAGAGAACCUCGCGAGUAUGAACCUCCAAGACAAAGAAGCUUGCACUCGUGCGGCAGACGUCAUCCCCUUUCGGAUUUGUUCGUCGGUCAUCUCUCCGUGCCGUCGAGAUCGCUUGUACUGGUUUGAUUGGACAUUGGAGCAUGAAGAAGGCGUUGAGCUUUAUCCCCCGACAUCAGGGAAAGCAGAUCAGCAUGGCUUUGUUGCUUUCAAUGGAAAGUUUCCGUUUGUGGGAUGUCUGGAGCCUGGCUGGGCCCUUCAUCCUGCAAGCGAGUGCCUUAGCACUUUUACAGCGGCACUCCCGAGCAAAGCACCCCGUGAGAAACCAGCGGGGAUUGCUAGGUGCGAUAACGCCACCCUUGAGAGAUGGAAGGCUGAUCGUUACCGUUUUCCGCCAUACCAAUACUUGCCGGAAAAAUUGAUUUGGCAUCCUGCCAAAGGUAGCCGCCUCCCUUCCGCAGACGAGCGUGAAAGAUGUCUCGGUUUCCCCUGCGGAUACACGUUGAACGUCUUGGCCAAAACCGAGGCGAAAAGCAAUCCCACCUUGGUGGAUGAUUUGCGCAUGACGGCUUUGGGCAACGCUUGGUCCGUUGUAGUUGUGGCCUUUUUGUUGUUGCAACUCUUACGGCCUCACAAGCUCUGCCUUGUCCAAUCCUUGCAUCAGCUCGUUCUGACCCUCUUUGGCGAUCGGCCAAUGUUUUCAAACAGCUUGCUGGCGUGGCACCAACUCGGAAUGAGCAGAAAUGAAGAAGGAAGCAAUGAAAGGAGCCGGCUGGUUCCGAAACUAAUCACUUUGCUCUCUGGGAAAGGGAAUGACAUCCUGAUACAGAUGGGACUCCGAAUCCCUGACGAUGCGGAUGGAGUCGAUGAAAUUUUCGCUGAAUUCAUUGAACAUUUGUGGGAGGAGGGUGAAAGUCUUUCGGUAGCGACGGACGGGCUGUCGGGCUUGCAGGACCUUCGGCCAAAGUUCCGCGGAAGUUUGUCACUCUCGUGGCGCUUAGUCAAGACUUGGCAGAAGAAAGAAGUAGCAUUUUACUGCCUCCUCCGAACAGGUGAGCUUUUGCAGCUCCAAGCCAGUCACAUCGACGCGCUCUUGCAAGCAAAAGCGCUUGUAAAGGGAGGAGUUGCUACGUGCCCUGCGGAUCCCAGUGCUGACACAGAGCCUCCUGAGAUCAUCCUAGGCGAUGUUGACGUCGGAGCUCGGCUAGCCCCUGGAGAAUGCACAGCCGUUCGGACUUAUCCUGUACUCGAGGUACGCGACAACUGUCCAGGCGAUGUCACAUGGUCCUGCGUGCCACCAUCUGGCUCUUCGUUCCCUAUCGGUGACACCACAGUUACCUGCACGGCGACCGAUGUUGCUGGUAACACUGGAUCAGCAUCCCUUCGUGUUAGGGUGCAGGACCUGAAUCCGGUGCCUCCAGUCUUCGAUGUGGUGCCGAAUGACGUGUCCGUGAGCACAGACCAAGGACAGUGCGGAGCCGUUGUGAAUUUCACUGUGCCCACCGCAACAGACGACUGUCCAGGAGUGCAGGUAUCCUGUUCGCCAGAAUCGGGCUCAACGUUUUCGGUCGGUACCACCACGGUGACGUGCACCGCCACCGAUGCUGGUGGGAGCACUGCCUCGACAAGCUUUGUCGUCAAUGUCGAUGAGACGGAGCCUCCAGUCUUCGAUCCGGUGCCGGAUGAUGUGACUGUGACAGCAGACCAGGGACAGUGCGGAGCCAUUGUGGAUUAUGUGGCCAAUGCAGCCGACAAUUGUCCAGGAGUUCAAGUAGUUUGUUCGCAAGAAUCCGGCACAACGUUCUCGGUCGGUACCACCACAGUGACAUGCAACGCCACGGAUGCUUCUGGCAACAAGGCCUCGUCGGAAUCUUUCGUCGUUCCUUGGCCGUUCUCGACAAUCAUUUCCAAUGUACCAGUGGCUGUAGCAGUGUAG